AGUUAAAAUUCAGGUAUUGAGCUUUGUGAGAGAAAAUCAAAACAAAAAUUCCUCCACGAAGAAAAGUCUGUGAUUUCUCAAGAAAAAGCCGCGUGGGUCGUGUAGAAAGAUGGAUGGGAGUACCAUAAAUUGCAACAUUGUCAAGGAGGAGUACUGUGUGGAGUCUCAGGAUGAAAUGAAUUAUCUAAAAUUGGAAAUGACCGAUGAAGACGAUGAAGAUGAUCUCCUCGUUGAUGAAGAUUCCCAAAGUCAUGAGAAUGAUGCUGAUGAAGAAAUGGUACAAUUUGAAAUAACCGAAAUUGAUCAGAAAGAUGAUUCUCAAUCUGAGCUCCUGAUGUGCCUCAUUUGCGAGGAAACUUUUCCAAAGCUCCAACUCCUGAAGGCUCACAUGGUGACUCAUCAUGGAAAUGAUAAGAAUACCUUCAAGUGCCCCCACUGUCCGGAACAAUUUGCCCAGGAGGGAAUCUUCAUGAAGCAUCUGCAGUCCCACAACCGAAAAAUUGCUGUCAAAGAGGAACUUCCAGAAGGGGAAACAGAGGCUUCUGAAGGGAUGUAUCCCUGUUCCAAGUGUGAUACAGUUUGUAAAACACUCUUGGGAUCCAGGAAGCAUUUUAAGAAGCAUUCCCGCUGCAAUGUUUUCUACAACUGCAUCAUCUGCGACAAGAUGUACAUCACUAAAGUCAAUUUGACUGAACACAUCCGGAGGGAACAUAGAAAGCAAUCAAUUUACCCGAUAGUAGGUAAAAAUAGGAAGAAGAAAAAUAAGGCAAAGUCAGCAACCUGCCCCAUAUGUCACAAGAUCUUCUCAAAUGUUGCCCAAAUGAGGAAGCACAUAAGUGUCCAUUCGGACUACAAACCCUUUUCCUGCGAUAUCUGCGGAGAGAGAUUCAAACGGAAGGACUAUCUCAAGUCUCACAGCACAAAGCACGAAGGGAUCCAGAAGUGUCCCUACUGCAAUGGGCAGUACUCUACAACUGAAAGUCUCAAAAAGCACAUUUCUCGCCUUCACAGUGAGAAAACUUGUUCCUUUCAAUGCGAUAUCUGCAAUUUUAUGUACAAAACUGAGAAAAAAUUGCAGCAUCACAUGAAAGUUCAUAUAAAAGAAGUUGAAUCCCAAGAAAUUGAGCCUCAAGAAGUUCAGGAAGCUCAAGAAGUUCAGGAAGCUCAAGAUGUUCAAGAAAGUGAGGAUAUACCGGAUAUGGAGGAAACAGAAGAAGAAGAAAGUCCUCCGGAGAGAUUCCUUUGUACAUUUUGCAUGAAGGUUUUCAAUUCCAAGAACAGUUUGAACGUACACUCAAAAAAAUUUCAUAGUGAGCCCAAAAUUAAAGUUGAGAAGAAAGUUGAGCCUCCAAAGACAGACAUACCCAAUCAAGUCCCCCAAGUUCCCAAAAAGAAAAAGAGCCGCCCAAUAAGGGUAUCGUUGUCAUGUGAAAUUUGCGGGAAACCCUUCACAUCGCAAUUCAACUACACGAAGCAUUUAGCAAGUCACAGAGCUGAUCGUCCAUAUGAUUGCCCCGUGUGUCCGGGUAAAUUCAAGCGGAAGGAGCAUCUAUAUGAACACGUGCAAAUUCACAAUGAAAAUCGCCCAAUUUACUCGUGUGAUAUCUGUGGCCGAGGAGCGUACAAAGCCAAGAGAUCCCUUCGUAUGCACAUCCAACAAUUUCAUCCCAAAAAUUGCUACGUCUGUGGAGAAGUAUUUGGGAAUAGGAACCUAAAGAACAAACAUAUUGCAACGUAUCAUAAGAAGAAUAUGGCGAAAGUUAGUUAAAUUUUCUUUGUAAUUGCAACGAAAUUGAUUUUUUUUUUCAAUGAAAAAUAAAAAUUAAAAAU